GGUGGCCAAGGAGCAGGGCCUUGCCUUUGUGGUUGUAGAAAGAGAAGAUGGCUCCCGUUCUGGAGAAACAGCUCCCGGGCGCAGCCGGGGCAGGCGACAAUAACAACGAAGAUGAAGAAGGACAAAACCUCUGGUCCUCAAUACUGAGUGAAGUUUCAACUAGAUCAAGUUCAAAGUUGCCAUCAGGAAAAAAUAUCCUGGUAUUUGGUGAGGAUGGAUCAGGAAAAACAACGCUUGUGGCCAAACUUCAAGGAGCUGAUCACAACAAGAAGGGGAGGGGACUUGAGUAUUUGUACUUAAAUGUACAUGAUGAGGACAGAGAUGACCUUACUCGCUGUAAUGUGUGGAUCCUGGAUGGAGACCUAUACCACAAAGGCCUACUUAAGUUUGCUGUUUCAGCUCAGUCCCUACCUGACUGUCUAGCUGUGUUUGUUGUGGAUAUGUCCCGGCCCUGGACCAUUAUGGAGUCACUGCAGAAGUGGGCCAGUGUGCUACGUGACCAUGUGGACAAGCUCAAGAUCCCACCUGAGGACAUGAGAGAAAUGGAGCAGAAGAUGGUGAAAGCGUUUCAAGAGUACGCAGAACCAGAGGAUGCCACCCCAUCCUCCCCACAGAGACGGGCCCCGACAGCAGGAGAAGACGAGGCUGUUGUGCUACCACUUGGGGAUAACACACUUACACACAACCUGGGCAUUCCAGUGCUAAUAGUUUGCACAAAGUGUGACGCAGUCAGCGUACUAGAGAAGGAGCACGACUACAGAGAGGAGCACUUUGACUUCAUCCAGUCCCACAUCAGGCGAUUUUCCUUACACUAUGGAGCUGGCCUGAUCUAUACUUCAGUCAAAGAGGAGAAGAACCUGGACCUGCUCUACAAAUAUAUAGUACAUAAGAUGUAUGACUUCCAGUUCACCACACCUGCCUUAGUGGUGGAGAAGGAUGCAGUGUUCAUUCCAUCUGGAUGGGAUAAUGAAAAGAAAAUUGGGAUUUUGCACGAAAACUUCACAACAGUCAGACCCGAAGAUCCAUUUGAAGAUUUUAUCACAAAGCCUCCAGUACGAAAGCUGGUUCAUGACAAAGAGAUCAAUGCAGAGGAUGAGCAGGUAUUCCUGAUGAAGCAACAGUCUUUGUUAGCGAAGCAGCCAGCCACACCAACAAGAGGAGCAACAGAGUCUCCAGGACGGACGGCCUCGGGGUCUCCUAGGCCUGCGGGUCGCGCCGGCCAACCCACCGUGUCCAGUGGCUCACCAAUGGCUGCUGUCAAAAAGCCUGACCCUAACAUGAAAGCGGGGGCUGCCAAUGAAGGAGUGCUGGCCAACUUCUUCAACAGCCUGUUGAGUAAAAAGACUGGAUCCCCAGGGAGCCCAGGAAGUGGAGCAGUUGGAGCUGGAGUGCAAGGCUCCGUCAAGAAAACAGGGCAGAAGCCGGGUUUGACUGAUGUCCAGGCGGAGUUGGACAGGAUGACUCGCAAACAAGACUCCAUGGUUUCAGCUAACAACAUACCACCGCCGACAGAGAACGAAGCGUGAAGGCAACAAAAACAGCUGCAUCGUCCACUGCAUUAUUACUCUGGAAAAAUACAUGUACAUGUGAGCGAAAAAAAAAAUUGACCAAAUUCCCAAUGUCUAUACAAGUCAGCACACAGUGGUUUCAC